GUCAGAAUCGCCACCAUUGUCAUUGCACCCAAAAUCUAUAUUUAAGCAAGCAAGACCGGGUAAUGUACGCAACCCCUUUUUUCCAUAGACGCUUCCACUUUUUUAAAUGACGUAUACUCUACCAUAGACAACUUUCACAAAACGUCUCGCUUCCAUGUUUGUUCGUGGUACCUAAUUGGUAAUAUUGCAUUUCUGUGCUAAAUUUCUAGUUUAGCCUCUAAACGAAUUAAUGUUUUACUUUUGUUUGAGUGUGUGAUUAAUGAAAUUUUCGGCAACACGGCGACUUUGUGAGGAUUUGUCGCCCGAGAAAUAGAGCACAUCGGCGAUAUAAUAACAGGGAGGGCUAUGGCUACAAACAGAACCGGUGCGCAGCGUCCGAACGGCGCGCCGCAGACAAAGGUGUGUCAGUUCAAGUUGGUGCUGCUGGGGGAGUCAGCCGUGGGCAAAUCUUCACUGGUCCUCCGCUUCGUGAAGGGCCAAUUCCACGAGUACCAGGAGAGCACCAUAGGAGCUGCGUUCCUCACACAGACAGUCUGCCUCGAUGACACCACUGUUAAGUUUGAAAUAUGGGACACUGCUGGACAAGAAAGGUACCACAGUCUGGCCCCGAUGUACUACAGAGGUGCGCAGGCGGCUAUCGUAGUGUACGACAUCACUAAUCAGGACACAUUCGGGCGCGCCAAGAACUGGGUGAAGGAACUGCAGCGGCAGGCGUCGCCGUCGAUAGUGAUCGCGCUGGCGGGCAACAAGAGCGACCUGGCCGCCAAGCGCAUGGUGGAGUUCGAGGAGGCGCAGGCAUACGCCGACGAGAACGGCCUGCUCUUCAUGGAGACCAGCGCCAAGACCGCCAUGAACGUCAACGAUAUAUUCCUCGCCAUCGCGAACAAGUUACCAAAGAGUGAGAGCGGCGGCGGUGCCGGCGGGGCGGGGGGAGCGCGGCGCCUGCAGGACGGGGACACACCGCGCGCCUCCACCUGCUGCAAGUGAUACGACGCGCCCCACACGGUCGUAGUACGGUGAGGGCGUGAGCGGGGAUUGAGGCGCGCAGUAGGCUGUCUAAAGUAACACUCGGAGUCCCCCCCCCUCUUCCCACUCCCAUUACCCCCCCUCCACAGCAUUUCCACGUCGCAGGGGACUCCGAGACACCAGCCUGCCAGCCCCGCGAUCCAUAAACGAAAGCUAAUCAUAAAACGGUAACUAGAUUUAAAAAAGGAAAAAGCAACUUGUCUGUAACAAUAAUGAGAUGUAAUGAAAUGUUAUUAUUAUGUAUAUUAAAUUCGGUUUGUAUCAUGUUUCGUAGACGGACGGUCGGCUGCAUUGUCCCUGUGUAGUUGACGGGUUUAUUAACGUAUGAAGUUUUUGAAAUUUUUCGUUUUCACGACAGCCUGUGUGUCGUCUCAGGGUGUAAUUGAGUCGACGGCGUUACGUCACCUCUUCUGUUGGGUGAAAG